UUUAUACCGAGACAUCUGCAAGUCCAGCUUCUCAGGAAGGAUCAUCUUGGUCACAAACAUGGUCUGAAGGUUGAGACUUCAAGCCCCAAUUCCGUUUUGGAGCAACACAGCGGAGAGCUCCACAAAGUUAAACUUCAUCUUGCCUCAGGUUUGAUGCCGAUCACCGGCUUGGAGAAUGCAACAAAUUGGAAGUCUGAGAGCGUAAAGGGGGGUGAAUUGGAUGGUGCCUAUGUGAUUGCCAACCAACUUGAUCUCAUUGAAAAACAGCAAGGGCAAACUCAUGCUAAUAUAAUCCAGAUGGAGCUCCAGCGUGCACAAGAUAGGGUGGGCAAGCUAGAAGCUGAGCGUGUUUCAGCUAAGAAGCAGCUUGACCGCUUGUUGGAGAAACUGAGGGAGGAGAAAGCAACCUGGCGGAGGAGAGAACACAAGAAGGCCCAAUCCAUUCUUGAGGAUAUGAAGGCAGACCUCGACCAUGAGAAGAAGAACCGGAGGCAACUAGAGAAUAUUAACUUGAAGCUUGUUGAUGAGUUGAAGGAGGUCAAAUUGGCAGCCAAUAAUCUGUUGGAGGAGUAUGACAAGGAGAGGAAGACACGGGAAAUGACCGAGGAGGUGUGCAACAAACUGGUGAGGGAGGUCGAGGAACAAAAAUCCGAUAUUGAAGUCUUGGAGCAGGACUUUGUGAAACUGCGGGAGGAGGUGGAUGAGGACAGAAAGUUGCUACAGAUGGCCGAGGUGUGGCGGGAAGAGCGGGUGCAGAUGAAACUUGUGGAUGCAAGGCUCACUCUGGAAGACAAAUACGGUGAGCUAAGCAAAUUGCAACAGGAUGUUGAGGCCUUUGUCGCCUCUUUGGGUUGUGCCAAGGGAGACAGCAGCAUUCUAGUACGAGAAGCAGAGAAAAUUAUAAGGGAAAUUAGCUUGGUGAGGGACCUGGAGGUUCAAUUCAAGUAUGAGCCGCCUGCAGCAUUGGAGGAAAUAUUAGCCAUAUUCAAGGAGAUCCGCCCGAGCCAAGAGCUCGGACGAUGCAAGGUGCAGAGGUCUUCACUAGAUGAAUUAGAAAUUCAACAAGCUAGCGGCCAAAUGGCUGAUGUAUGCCUGGAGAACCUAACCAAUAGAAGCCCUUGCCAAGACAGUGAAAUAGAAGAUGGGAGCAGCUGGGAGACUACAAGCCACCAAGACUUUCAGGGUUCAAGCUUUUCACGGAACGGGAAUGGAAGCGAACCUUCAGUCAACAAUGUAUGUGACAGAAUUUCCUGGACGAGUGGAGGCAAUUCGGAGGAGGUCUGGCAGAAUGACCUGAGCAAUAUCAAAGUUGUGGAGCACGAGAAGAAACAGUCGGCAAUAUCAAAGUUCUCGAGGCCUUGCCCUCGGGAAAACCAUGAAAUCCACCAGGUGGAUGUGGAGGUGGAUCUAAUAAACUCGUUGAACAGACGUAUGUAUUAUGACGCUGGCGAAGCUGCAGAUCGGGGUAUGGGACAGAGCUCCCCGAGCAUGGGACCAUGGAGCUCGCCGUCGCCGGACUCGAUGAACCGUGGCUUCAGAGGCUGCAUGGAGCUGGUCCAGAGGCACAGCCUGAAAGCAAAGCUUCUAGAAGCUCGGAUGGAGAGCCAGAAGAUCCAGCUCCGCCGCGUGCUCAACCAUACAACCUGAAGCUGCCAAGAACUCUUGUCACCUGCAAUUUCAUUUAAUCUACGCCAUGAAAUAAGUCCAUCUCUUGUAACGUGUGUACUACACAGUUAGCCCUACGGUAGAUUCCUGUGCUCAUCUAGCCCUAGUUCAAGUGCCACUACAUUUGAAACAAAUCUGUAGUAAUGCGUCGUCAUUGAUGUGUGAUCUAACGACGUCAUGAGAGGUCAGGGCCUCCUCCAUUCCUCA